CUCUUUCACUGCUGUUACCACGGACGUUAAGAAGCUUCAACAGAAGUUGACAUCAGCAGGAGAGUGCUCAGAAACACCCAAUUGAAAACAUCUCUCUUUUUUAUGGUGUUUUUUGUUUUGUUUUAUCGACAGAUUGUAACAUGGCCUCGAAUAGUAAUUCCCUGAAAGUCUCUCAUUCGUGGAAAGAACAGCCGUGUCAUUUCACAUGGAAUCUUUCUGCUGGUGUUCUGACUGAUUUUGAAAAGGUCACACGGAACAUAGAUCACGAUCUGGAGGCGACCCCUGACUUGCUUCAGGUUGACCAACUACUGUUUCGAGCAUAUCUAGAGGUAUCAGACGACCGGUCAUGCUGGGAUGUCAUGAAAGCGCGGGAAUUUCUGAAAAAAGCAGACGAGUACAUAGAAAACCACACAAGACCGGAACUGCAGCCUGGUUACAGAAGGGUGGCACUUCUCAACCGUGUAUGGAUAGAACAUAAAUGUCACAGAACUGAAGAGGUCGAAGAGCUCUUGUCUAAGCUGGAUGAUUUAAGAUGGUGUGAUAUAGAUAAACUUGUUGUGGAGACGCUGUUGGCAAAUGCUCUUACUCGUUUGGGGCCUCCCAUGAUUACAAGGUCUCUGCAGAUCUACGAGGAGGCACUGAGGCACUUCCCUGAUAAUGUUGGAUUUCUCUAUGGAGCCAUGCUAAUGACCGGGAGGAAGAUGCGAUCACAGAGAGCUAUUGGGAGCAUGUAUGAAGAGCUGGACGAAGACGGUAAGAAGCUCAUGGACCAGGAAAAGGAAUACUGCGAGAAACUAAUCAAAGUAAACGACAAGUACCAACUUGGCAAAGCAUCACUUGGACUGAACUUGAGUCGACGACGGGAAACAGCCGAGGCUCUAAAACUCCUGAAAAGUGCACAUAAAAUGGCUCCCGAUGUGACAUCUGUUUUUCACAACUUAAUGAAGUGUUACAGAUAUUCUGCAAGUGAAAAAAAAACCAUACCUUUAGCAAAACUUCGUAAAACAAUAAAUCGUAGAAAAUGUCUUGAUGUUCCCGAAAGUCACCAUCAGCUUGGACUGUGCAUCCUCUAUUCGAAUAAGUUUUCCAAAAACAGGGCUCUACAGAAGGCGCGUCGAACGGAGGCCCUCGAGGAGUUUAACAAAUGUCUAGCGAUCGACAAAAUGCACAAUAUUGCUUCAUUGAAAAAGGCUGAGGUACUGGCCCUUCAACAAGAACAUGAUGAAGCAAAGAGGCUGUACGAGGACAUGCUUCAAAAAUCAGAACAUUAUUCACCAUAUGAUAUGUUAAGACUUUACUUUGGAUUUGCAAAGUUUCUCAAAAGCAUUGGUUCCCCUUCCAUUGUCAUGUGGCAGAAGGUGAUGGAUGUUAUAACUUCAUCAUUUGAAUACAUGGAUGACAACUCGUGCAAAUGGGAAAUAAGAGCGCAAGCAAAUAGUGAAAGAAGGGCUGCAUAUAAGCACCUAUCUAGCCACUACUCCGAGGAUCAAGAAGAUGGGGGCUUACGCCUUGGUAUUUUGCACUUCCAGAAUCUGGAUUUUGAAGAGGCCGUAAGGAGCUUAAAACUGCUGGAUCCAACAACAAAUCUAGAGAUUCCAUGCUACCUCGCGGAAGCGUAUCUAAAAUGGGGUCUUGAACAAGAAAUGAGCAACGAAUCAACGGUACAUGCCAGAGAAUGUUUCGAUGAAGCUCGUCGGAAAGUUCUAAGUGCAAGAGAGCUAGGUCUGAACCAAAUACGAAGUCGGAAGUUGCUGUCUGAUACCGCUCUAGCUAUCGCCCAUUCCCAUCUGCAUAUGCACCAGUCUGUCAUACCAAUCGAGUCCGAUUGUGUCAAGUCAUACCGUGAAGCUGUGAGAUGCGGAAGCCUCGUUGCAAGCGUGGAAGUGCUACGAUUGAUUGAGAAAGAGUUCCUCCAGAACACGCCACGAUCAGAGUUCCUUCAGACCCUUGCAGAAAUAGACAUAUGCUGUUCACAGCGCGCGACUGAUUGCCUGCAUCGAGAUGUGAAACCACGUUCCUUUGCGAAAGGUUUGGAAAGUCGAGACACAGACAUCGACACCUUCGCUGUGGACUGCAAGACGAUCAAGCGAAUGAUUUUGACCACUUUGAAUGAGAACAACUUCUUCAGGCAGGCAUGGGUGCAACACUUCGCAAUGGAGAAGAAAGUACUCGAAGAGAGAUUCCAGAACAACGAUGGGGAGCUAGAACUAGAUGGACGGGGGGAAAUUUCAACCAGAAGCGUUUCCAUGGAAGAGAUGUACGCUGCCAUUGACUGCUGUGAGAAAUUGCGCCCUCUGUUGGACCACAUCAUUGUCAAGUUUGAGAAAGAUGAACUUUAUGUACAAGAAGAGCGGAAGAAACACUAUUUCCCGCUUGUCCUUGGGGAGGAAGAUUCCGUAAGGACAGAGGAAGUGCUUCGAGAAAAACUUCAAUCAUACUUUGAGAUAAACUUUGAAGAGCACUAUCCAAAUCUUUUCAAGAACCUCCUUCAGGUACAGCCGGGCUACAACUCCCAGAACGCCUUCCUAGAAACACUCUACACUCUGGUUAAUCAUGUCAAACACAGCGGGAUACACACACACGACAUCUUGGAAAUAGUUGAGGAUCCAGUGAAGCUUGCUCGCCAAUGCACCGAUAAGGUUGAAGAGAUAAGCAACUUCUUUUUCGACGCCAUGAAAGACUCAUUGGAUUUACGAACGAAGGUUGGAGAGCUAGUUACUGAACUGAAGGAUUUAGGACAAGCGUCUUCGUGUAAAAAGGCAGAAAAACUGUUGGCGAUACUAGCUGAACACGAAGAUUUCAUCGUGAGGAUGGGUAGUACCUGGAAGCUACUUGAGAUGCUGGCAGUAAUUCGACAGAGGGUGCAUUCUGACCGAUUUGAGGCAGUGGACAUGAUUGCAGAAGGAACAUGGGGCAUGAGUAAGAAUCUACGCAAAUCACACCUGGAACUUGAAGUGUCCCUAUUGCAGAAUGCUGACCCAAGAGCGCAAGAAAUUCGUGAGAAAUGUAGAGAUACUUGCAAGGAGGCGGACAUACUCUUAAAUGAAGUGAUGAAGAAGAAAAGACGGGGCCCACAAGAUGACGCAGAGGUUCAAUUUCCUUUUCUAGAUAGGCACCCAGGAAGUGAUACAAGUUCCUGGAAGGGAAAAGUUAAAAAGCAAAUCAAAAGAUAUCUCAAAGAAAAUAAUUUCAAUCCAACUGACGAGCUACUAAAGGUUUUGUCACAGGCACAGCCAUGCAGCAGUGAAGACAAUUACAACUUCCUUCUAAUGCGAGAGUUCCUCGAGAAUUGUGAGGAUGACAGUGGAUACAUUUCGAAAGAUACAGAAAACAAUGAGUGCAUAAUACCCAACGCCGUUAAACUUACUCGAUGGUGUACAGAUAAUGCUGAGAAAAUUGCCACCCAGGUUCUGCUUGCAACUUAAACCAGUUCUUGCUACUCAUCUUUAAUGUGGACUGUCAUCGUAUGCAAUGAUUCCCAUAAAACAUGGAUCAAACAGUGCACAAUAAAUAAUUUAAGCGGCAAUAAUAUACCUAAACAUAAUGGGUGAUGUGCCGAGAAGUAGAGUUAUUAUACACAUAAUGAAUGUUUAUGAGUGCAAUGGUGCGAGUAUGUUCAUGAGUUGAAAGAUGG